UUCUAGAACGACUGUAACAUCUUGUAACACAACAGCUCGCUCAAACAAUGAGGAAUUGUGACACAAAGAGAGAGUAAUUGCUCCAUGAGCUAUACAAUCAUUACGCAAGCCUUUUUAAAACAACCUGAAACGCUGCAACGGCCACAAGCCCGCGAAACCUCGAACGAGAUGAAGAUAGGCGUAAUACUCUUCUCUAUCCUCGUCUUGGGCGCCAUUUGUGAGCGCGGAGCCCAAGAAGCAACAACAGAAGAUGGCGCUGGCGGCAGUUCUGAAAACCAAACCGAAAACGCAACUCCGGCUCGUAACAGAACUAUGGAAGCGUUCAAUAAAGUGAGGGAGGGUGUAAAACUGAAGCGGGCUAUGGAAAAGGGCACCAAUGGUUCUGCGAGCAGUCCAGAGGCCCCAAAAUUGUACUGAAUCUCGUUGUAAAAAAUCAAUGUGUAUUAAAGUGCCUCCUUCCAUGUC